AUGGGAAAUCAGGGGGGACAUGUUACUUCUUAUUACAGUUCAGGAUUGCAAAAAUACACAUCAUUCCAAGUUCAUAAUUCUGAAGAAGUUAGAGAUAUUCUUACAUUUGAUGAAGGUAUUUUGGCUUUGACCAAAUCUUCACUCAGAUGCCAAAUGAGGAGAGGUAUACCAAUUUAUACACAUGAAAGUAGUAAUUUAGUUGAAAUGCAAUGUAUGGUUCAAGUAUCUUCAUCUUCGAUACUUAUGGGAGGUCAUCAAUGUAAUUUAAUUAAUUUUGAUUAUAAUACAGGACAAGAGACUCAAUUGUUUGAAACGGGAGAUAAUGGUUGUGCCAUUCUUAGACUACAAAAUAGAUUCAUAUGUGCAGGAGAUACAAUUGGUAAUAUAAAACUUUUAGACCCUGUUACAAUGAGAGUUGAACAUAAUUUAGAAACUCAUUCUGGGAGCUUAAGUGAUUUCGAUAUACAUGGGAAUUUAUUAGUAACUUGUGGGUUUAGUCAAAGGCAUGGGAACUUGUCAAUAGAUAGAUUUUUAAUGGUAUAUGAUUUUAGAAUGAUGAGAGCUGUAAGUCCUAUUCCAGUAGUAAUUGAUCCUUUGCUUCUAAGGUUUUUACCUUCAUUUUCAUCUAGGGUUACUGUUGUUUCUGCUCUUGGUCAAAUGCAGUUAGUUGAUACAGUUGCCUUAACAGAAGCAGAGCUUUGUCUUUAUCAGAUUAAUACUGCUAGUUCACCUCUUACCUUGGAUGUGUCUCCUUCUUGUCAGUUCAUAAGUAUCGGUGAUUCAGGAGGGCAAAUACAUUUAUUCAGUUCGAGUGCUCCUAAUGCUAGUUUUAACAGUUUUUCUUGUGACACAGAAUUUGCUGACCCUGUUGAAACGCUACCAUCCAUUCCUUUUGAUGAUUUUGAAGUGCCACUCUCGACAGUACCUUUAGGUUUUUUGCCUCUUGAAACAAAGUUGGCAAGCGAUUGGCCAGAACAGUUUCUGAAAAAAGUUUACAGGUAUGAGCCGAUUCCACCGAUUGAUCCAGAAAUUUUAAAGUCAAUGAAAUUGCAAGGAACCAUAGGUUAUGCUCCCAAUCCAAUGACAAAACGUCGUAAUCAAGUAUCCUAUUCCAUCGACGGAAGAUUUUACAACACUAAAAAUAAAAAUUUUGGUUGUGAGGAUGCUAGUAGUAGAAUAGGAUCUCAAGAAAUAGCUAUUCCUAAACGAUAUAGAAAGUUAGAAUUAAAACAUUCCAAUAAAGACGAUUUUGAUUUUGAAGUUUUUAAUAAGACAAAAUUUUGCGGAUUGGAAGCUCAUCUCCCCAAUAAUUAUUGCAACGUAAUGUUAGAGAUGCUUUACUUUUUGGAACCUAUCCGUUGUAUGACAUUAAGUCAUUUAUGCUCAAAAGAAUUUUGUUUGUGUUGUGAGCUUUCAUUUUUGUUUGCAAUGCUGGAUAAAUCUCAACGUACACCGUGUCAAGCUAGUAAUUUUCUGAGAGCUUUUCGCACAAUACCCGAAGCCUCAGCUUUAGGUUUAAUAUUGAGCGAUCAGAAUCCGGAAACGAAGAAAAAAGUCAAUUUGAUUCGACUCAUUCAAAGUUGGAAUAGAUUUAUUUUGCAUCAACUUCACGCGGAAACUUUGGAAGCUAGGAAAAAAAAAAUAUUAGAAAUGGAGAGGAAAAGACACGCGAGCGAAAGUCCGAGGGGACACGGUAAUCAAGUGUUGAAAUAUGCGGAUUAUCAAGUUGGUGCCACGAAAAACGAAGAAUGGAGUCGACAUGAACCGGAAAUGAAUUGCGAUGAAACCGACGUCAGUCGUUUUUUCGGUAUGAAACAACUUCAAAUUAACAAAUGUCUAAAAUGCACAACCGAAAUUAAAAAAGAAUCGACAUUAUUAUUAUGCAAUUUAGUUUAUCAAAAUCAAGGAGGGGAAAAAGAACAAUCAUUCUGUGAUGUUUUAUCAAAGAGCAUGUGUCCAGAACAGACAACUCCGGCUUGGUGUGAUAAAUGUAAUAAAUUUAGGCCGACACUUCAACAAAAACGUUUGCAAACUUUGCCCCACAUAUUGGCACUUAAUUGCGGAAUGGAAGAUACAAAUGUAAUUUUAAAAAAGAAAAUUAAUCGGGUUUGUUUAAAUUAUCUGCGACUUAAAUUUUUUACGAAUCUGAGUUCGAUCAUUAAACCGUGCAGGUACGGAGAGCAUUGCAUGAGAGCAAAUUGUAGAUUUAGGCAUCCUAGUCAAGAAAUAGAAAAACCGUUGGGCUCACAUUCGAGUCAUCUUUACUACACGAAUCCCUGGCUUCCGACGCACAUACAAAUUGAUUUAAGCACAAACGGAAAUGUGGAUUUGAAAAAAUUAACGGAAACGGAUUUACAAAAGCCAUUAGAGGAUUCCGACAAUAAGCAAACGGUUCGUUACGAUUUGAUGGGUGUCGUUUGUCACAUAACCGAAAGCGAAGAGAAAAAAAAUUUGGUCGCAUUUAUUAACGUGGGAAAAAAAUACUACGAACGUCUCGGGGAAAAUUCCGAGCCUCAAUGGUAUCUUUUUAAUAAUUUUAGCGUGACGCAAGUUCCUGAACAAGAAGUGACUUGGUUCAAUCUCGAUUGGAAAGUUCCAUGCGUUUUGUAUUGGAUAAAUAGAGAUUUACCAUCUCGUUUUUGUCCGGCGGACAUUCCCAAUCCGAUAACCGUAGACGUUUUCAGCGAGGAUAAAUGCAUAAUCAAGGACAGGGGUAGAAAAAGAAUAACGUUCAUGCCUCUGGGAAUGGAUGAGAUACCGAAAAAAGGUGAAUUAGUCGCGAUGGAUGCUGAAUUUGUCACACUUAAUCAAGAGGAAGCGGAAUUGAGGAGCGAUGGUAAAUUAUCAACGGUUAAACCUUCUCACAUGAGCGUAGCUAGAAUUACAUGCAUUAGGGGGCAGGGAGUUUUACAGGGUACGCCAUUUAUCGACGAUUAUAUAUCAACGCAAGAACAAGUUUAUGAUUAUUUAACAAAAUUUAGCGGAAUACAACCGGGUGAUUUGGAUGCUAAUUUUAGUUCGAAACAUUUGACAACGUUAAAAUCGACAUAUUUAAAAUUACGAUUUUUAGUCGAUAUCGGUGUUAAAUUUGUCGGUCACGGUUUAAAAAAUGAUUUCAGGUUUCAAGUUAUUGACACGGUAUUUUUGUUUCGACUUCCACGUCAGAGAAUGAUAUCGUUGCAGUUUUUAGCAUGGCAUUUUUUAGGGAUUAAAAUACAAUCCGUCACUCACGAUUCGAUAGAAGAUGCGUGUGCGGCUCUUCAACUCUAUUAUCAUUAUCUCAAACUUGAAAAAGAAGGGAUACUACAGGAGAGUUUGAAAAAACUUUACGAAGCGGGAAAAUCCCUACAGUGGCUCGUACCCGAUAGCGAAGACAAUUCGUUGAGGUGGGAUUUGAGCGAUGAAGAAAUUUAA